AAAGUGUCAUCAUGCCAUUCCCGAGGAUAGUUGGUCGCUGCGCAUCGAGCGAACAUGAUCGAGUUUCUAGUACUUUUCCUCGGCGUUUAUGGAGCACUGGCGGCUCCUCACACGCCUCAACCGAAUCACGAUGUCCAUCACCAUCUGAACAACAAUGCGGAGGUAAUCGACGAUCAGCUACCUGGCACGGAAAACCUCAAAGAGAAGGCGCUACCGAUAUCUCAAUUAUUCGCUGCGGGGACGAAUAAUCUGUCGGCGAAUAAUAAUUUGGCGGAAAGGACUCAGAUACCGCAUCGACUGCCCGGGACGGCAAAUCUGGCGGAAAAACGGAUUCCCGAUGUUGUCCUGAAAAGGUUGCAGCCUUCCGACAUCAAAUGAUGCAAGGGAAUCUCGAUGUUUCGACACCUCGUUCGAUGACAUCAAUAUUGAAGGCACGUACGCUGCCCUUAUAAGAACUACUGCGAAGAAAAUAUAUUUAAUUUAUUGCGGCAGAGAUGCUCUGAUAUGCAUCCUCCAUCCCGCCGCUUAAGCGUUUGUUUAUAUAUGAUACCAGGACAAUUUACAUAAACUACAUGAUUAUUUUUCUUCGCCAAAUGAGACUAAGAAUCGAGGAUGUCUAAAAAUUAUUUCAUUGCAAAGGAUUGCAAAGAUUUUUUUUUUCGUUAAUUAACAUCCAAUCUUUUCGCAAAAGGAUGCCUCUGCAGGGUAUGAUUGUCGAUAAAUUAUUACUUGUUCCGCAUUACCUCGACGAAGUAGAUUUGAUUUUAACUUGUUAUUCGCUAACAACGUAAUUUCGAGCGUAAUGGAACGGCUGCCAGAUGAAUUCUCGCGAGAGAAAAGGUGCAAUUUACGCUUUCUUUUGCUCUUGCCGCCGUUGCAACCGUCAUUCCAUUGCAAGAUUGCUGUUAUUACAUACAUCACGACUGCAGUUGUAUAGUCAAUGGUAUAAAAUUAGAGCUGCUGUCUAUUCUAAGCUAAGUUUUCGAAACGAUGUAUUCCAAGAAUAAAGAAAUGUGAAAUCCAUCGAAAAUCGAAUUGCACAAUCUGUUGU